AUGUUCUUCUCCGGCGAUCCGACGUCUCGGAAGCGGGUCGCCUUGGGAGGGCGGAGUUCAAAGGAGAGAGACACGCAGAAGCUUAUGGAGCAGACGAGGAUGGAGCGUGAUCGCAGAUUGUGGCAGCGGAAGCAGAAUGCGGCCGCAAUCAUAAUUCAGAAAUGCUUCAGAGGUAGAAAGGCAGCAAAAGCAGAACGUGCUAAGGUGCGGGAGCAGUUCCUUUCAAGAUAUGGAAGUUAUUGCCAAAAUACAGACAGGUGUUGCUUUUGUGCAGAUUCAGAUUACCUCCGCCAGCUGUUCUUUUUCUUUAAUGCUAGGAAUGCUGGUGAUUACACCGUUCUCGUGGAGACCUGUAGAGGGAUGUUGAAUCUAGUUCGAGAUAAUGUCAAUAUUGUGAGCCUUUUUGCUGGCGUGGAUUAUUUAGCAGUGCAUGCUCUGGUGGAUCAUCGGGUGAAGAACCUUGCCUAUAUCUGUAUUCUGUCACUAUAUCAAAAUAGGCAGCAACUGCUUGUACCAGAUGCAGAAUCUGUCAUGCAAUCUACUGUAUUGCUUGAAGCUGUGGCCGCUUUGAUCGAUCCCAAACUUCCAUGGGCAUGCAAGACUGUUAGUUAUCUUUGCCACAGAAAUGUGUUUGCUCUGUUCCGCGAAAUUGUCCUCGCUGAAAGGGAAAAUGUGAAGACCUCCAGCUCUACUGGAAAACAGUCCGGAGUGGAACACAUUCUUGGGUUCAUGAUUUCUCACACUGGCCAGAAUUCAUGUACCUGCCCCAAUGUUGAUCCACAAUUCAGUUUUUCCUCACAGAUGCUUACAGUUCCUUUCCUAUGGAAGUUUUCCCCAAGUUUAAAAGGGGUUUUCUCAACUCUGGGGCUGAGCCAGCAUUACAUUCAUCAGAUGUCACUGUGUCUGCAAAAUCAUGCCAAUCUGCUGCCCGGUGAUAUAUCUGCAGAGUAUCCUGGUUAUGCCUGCCUGCUUGGAAAUAUUUUAGAAGCUGCUGGAGUUACGUUAUCACAGCCGGCAUGUCCAUUUGAAAUGGCUAUUGACCUUGCGGCUGUCACAACGUUCCUGUUGGAAGCUCUUCCUCCCAUAAAGUCUUCAACUCAGAAAGCUAAAGAGGAUGCAGCUAUGAUUGAAGAGGAUGUGGAUUCUGGUGAUGACAUUCAAAUAGCUUUGGACGCAGAUCUGGAGCGGCAGAUAAUAAGCAGUAUAGAUUCACGCUUUAUGCUGCAAUUGAUAAAUAUCUUAUUCGGCGGAAUUUCAUCAGUUGGAGAUGACAGAUCAGUUGUAGCUAUUGGUGCUGCUUGUGCCUUUCUGCAUGUCACGUUUAACACGUUACCCAUCGAGCGUAUAAUGACUGUGCUAGCUUAUAGAACUGAACUUGUUCGAGUGCUUUGGGAGUUCAUGAAAAACUGUCAUGACAAUAAAAGGUGGUCGUCAUUGCCUGAGCAUCUCUCACUUGUACCAGGGGAUGCACCUGGUUGGUUGUUACCUUUGGCUGUUUUCUGUCCUGUGUAUAAGCAUAUGCUUAUGAUAGUCGAUAAUGAGGAGUUUUAUGAACAAGAAAGACCACUAUCAUUGAGGGAUAUCCGAUCCUUAAUUGUUAUAUUGAGACAGGCAUUAUGGCAACUGCUGUGGGUUAAUCCUACGCAUCCCAAUGCCUCAGCAAAAACUGCUUUGCGUGGGAACACAUCCAAGCAGAAUCCUUACGAAUUUGUUAGAAACAAAGUUAGCAUUGUUGCCUCUGAGUUGCUCUCCCAGUUGCAAGAUUGGAAUAACAGAAGGGAAUUUGCACCACCAAGUGAUUUCCAUGCGGAUGGUGUUGAUGAUUUCUUUAUUUCUCAGGCUGUAAUAGAUGGAACUAAAGCAAAUGAAAUAAUGAAGCUAGCUCCUUUUCUGAUUCCUUUCACAAGCAGGGUCAAGAUAUUCAAUUCGCAACUAGUGGCAAUCAAGCAAAGACAUGGGCCUCAUGGUGUUUUCGCAAGAAACAGAUUUAGAAUAAGACGAGACCAUAUUCUAGAAGAUGCUUAUAAUCAAAUGAGUGCACUAUCAGAAGAGGAUUUGCGAGGAUUGAUACGUGUGACAUUCGUCAAUGAGCUCGGAGUGGAGGAAGCUGGCAUUGAUGGUGGUGGGAUCUUCAAAGAUUUCAUGGAAAACAUAACUCGAGCUGCAUUUGAUGUGCAGUAUGGUUUAUUCAAGGAAACAGUUGACCAUCUUCUAUAUCCUAAUCCUGGAUCGGGAUUGAUACACGAGCAACAUCUGCAAUUUUUCCAUUUCCUUGGGUCUUUGCUUGCAAAGGCUAUGUUUGAAGGUAUUCUGGUUGAUAUUCCAUUCGCCACAUUCUUCCUGAGCAAACUGAAGCAGAAGUUUAACUAUCUGAAUGAUUUGCCCUCGCUAGAUCCAGAAUUGUACCGCCACCUUAUAUUCCUUAAGCAUUAUCAAGGUGACAUUGCAGGGUUGGAGCUCUACUUUGUUAUUGUGAAUAAUGAAUACGGAGAACAAACGGAAGAAGAGCUUCUUCCUGGGGGCAGAAAUUUGCGUGUUACUAAUGAGAACGUCAUCACCUUCAUUCAUCUUGUUUCCAAUCAUCGGUUGAAUUUCCAGAUACGACAGCAAAGCUCUCAUUUCUUGAGGGGCUUUCAACAGCUCAUACAGAAAGAUUGGAUAGAUAUGUUCAACGAGCACGAACUUCAGCUCUUGAUAUCUGGUUCACUCGAAAGUUUGGAUGUUGAUGAUCUUCUCACUCACGCCAACUAUGCUGGUGGUUAUCACAAAGAGCAUUAUGUUAUCGACAUGUUCUGGGACGUCAUCAAAGGCUUUUCAUUAGAGAAUCAAAAGAAAUUUCUGAAGUUUGUUACUGGUUGCUCUCGAGGACCGUUGCUUGGAUUCAAAUACCUGGAGCCCUUAUUUUGCAUACAGAGGGCUGCUGGUAAUGCCUCUGAUGAAGCUCUUGACCGGUUGCCGACAUCAGCUACCUGCAUGAAUCUACUAAAGCUUCCUCCUUACAGAAGCAAGGAGCAAAUGGAAGCAAAAUUGCUGUAUGCAAUUAAUGCAGAGGCUGGUUUUGAUCUCAGCUGA